AAAUGCGCGAACUCCCGUGGACAUCUAGUAGACCUAGGAUAUGGUCCCCAAGCAUUUAUCUCGCAAGAGUAACACAUCCUUCUUUUAAUUUAUUGCCAAGGCUGACUGAGCGUUUUUUUACAUACCUACGUCUAUUACAAUUAGUACUUCUCUUGAAGAACAGGUUUAACCUUUGACAUAAGACCGUAUCCAUGACAUAAAUCUAUUUGACCCGGGAGCACGUGUGUCCUUAAUGUUCAGCUGGUUAUUUAACACGUCGCAAGCUCUAAAGACGGACCAGUAGAAGCACCAUGAGUCUUUUGAAGAUCCCCUUCCUCGUAGCCUCAGCCAUUGGCGUCCGAAUUUCACUCACUACUUCUUCUCCCCCACCGUCAUCUGAAGAGAAGCUGAAGCCCAAUAUGUUGGAAUCCUAUUUUAGCUCAGCUGGUAUGAUGAUUUUCAGUCUAGAGCUUCUCAAGUUUAGCGCAUACACAACACUGUCUGCCGAAGCAGCCAACAUCAUUGCCAUGCAUGUAGAUCCCUCGAAAGUUCCGGGGGGCAUCUAUGGUCGCCAAGCUGUGCAGCUUCUACGUUCUCUUCAUUCCACGCCAAUCACUCCCACUUUUCUUGCGUGUAAUCUUGCCAUCGUGAUCGGGGGCAUGUUAAGGUUUUAUUGUAUGUCGACGUUAGGAAAGUUUUGGAGCUUCCAACUCAGCGUCAGAAAAGAACACAAACUUGUGACGAGUGGGCCAUACUCUGUCGUCCGCCACCCAAGUUACACCGGUUCCCUUCUCCAAUCUGUUGGGAUCAUCGUUAUGUACGGAAGCCCAGGGUCGUGGAUGUGGCAGUCUGGGAUUCUACAAGUACCUUUCAUGACGGCGGUAGUGGUCAUUGGCUGCCUCAUGCAUACAUUAGGUAUCUGGGGUUCCAUCAGCCGACCUGCUAUAGAGGACAAGAUAAUGCAACGUGCUAUGGGAGAAGAAUGGGAGAAUUGGGCGGAGAAGGUGAAAUAUCGAUUGCUUCCUGGGGUCUAUUAACUAUCUACGUACCGAAUGCUCUGUGUUUGCUUUCUGUACCGUAUUAUGUUGAUUCGUAUUCUAUAGGAGUUAAUUGUAUGUCACUGACGAGGCA